AUGUUGAUUAAAUAUUUCUUAUUGUUUUUCAUGUUUUCGGAUUAUACUUUCGGGUCAGAUUUUAAUGCUGAUGCUGGACCUUGGGUAGUUCCGACAAAAGGUGAACCUUGGCCUCUUGUUUACAAUCAAAUUAGUCGCCAUGGAUUUCUACUUCUACAACCGUCGGUUUUUGCUAUUGAAACUAAUAUUGAUUGCGACGUUAUUAAUGAUGCCAUGGAACGAUAUCACGAUAUUAUCCUACGCGAAGCUAGGAUAGGCCGAAAAGCUAUGGAAGACCAAAAGGUGAUGUUUGAUCGCAAUGAUAAUGAUUUUAAGGGAAUGCUUAUGAAACUCAGGAUCAAUGUAGUUGGAAGUUGUGAGAAAAUGCCGUAUCUGCAUAUGAAUGAAAAAUAUGAGUUGGAAAUAAAUGACGCGAUUGCUCAUCUUCAUUCGAAUUCAAUAUGGGGAGCUCUUCGUGGCUUGGAAACUUUUUCUCAGCUUUUGAUACCUUCUGGCGAUGGAUUAAAUCUGGCGAUAAAGAACCAAUCGAUAAUCGAUGAACCUAAACUCCCUCAUCGAGGGCUUUUAUUAGAUACAUCUCGUCAUUUCUUCCCUGUAGAAGAUAUUUUUCUGACAUUAGACGCAAUGUCAUAUAAUAAAUUAAACGUUUUCCACUGGCAUAUUAUUGAUGACAACAGUUUCCCGUAUCAAAGUUCAGCGUACCCAGAGCUUUCGCAAAGAGGUGCUUGGCAUCCAAGUAUGGUCUACACUCCCAAAGAUGUGAAGGCUGUUAUUGAGCAUGCAAGAUUACGUGGAAUCCGAGUUAUGCCGGAAUUUGAUUCUCCAGGUCAUGUAGCUUCUUGGGGGCUGUCUCAUCCUGAGUUACUGACCAAGUGUUAUGAUUCAAUGGGAAAACCUGAUGGACGUCUAGGUCCUAUCAACCCAACGAACCCAGGCAUAUGGCCAUUUCUACGAACAUUGCUAACCGAAGUCAUGACAGUUUUCGAAGACCAUUACAUACAUCUAGGAGGAGAUGAAGUUCCGUUUGAUUGUUGGGAAAGUAAUCCACAAGUUAUUUCGUACAUGGAAGAGCAUGGUAUGUCAAAGGACUUUACUCGUCUGGAAAGCGCUUAUAUUGCAGAAUUGCUUAAGAUUCCAGCAAGCCGCAAUGUUAGCUCCAUCGUUUGGCAAGAAGUAUUUGAAAAUCGCGUAGAACUAACUCAAGAUACCGUGGUCCAUGUAUGGACUGGGAACUGGUCUGAAAAAUUAUCAAAAAUUACCGAAGCAGGAUAUCCUGUGCUUCUUUCUGCCUGCUGGUACUUGGAUCAUAUAGCAGGAGGUUCUGAUUGGUCUAAAUUUUACAACUGUGACCCGCUUGAUUUUGUUGAUUCGGAUAAGGUCAAGGAUUUAAUGUUAGGUGGAGAAGUUUGUAUGUGGUCGGAAUUUGUUGAUCGUAACAAUAUGCAUCAGAGAGUCUGGCCUCGUGCUAGUGCCGCAGCUGAACGUCUUUGGUCGAAAAGUAUUGACAGUACUUUGCAUGUAGCUCAACGAUUAGAGGAACAUACUUGUCGAAUGAAUCGACGGUCUAUUCCAUCUCAACCAGCAAACGGUCCAAGCUUUUGUAUCGUUUAA